UUAUUCGAUGGUUCACCAGUGAAGAAAAAAAGAAAGGAUUUGCCGAAAAAGUCUGAAAUUCCAAAUGGGAAAUCUGUGAAAAAGAAACUAAAAACAUCUUCGAAAGAGGUGCGUUUGUGCUUCCCCUUCUCAUGCCAAUGCAAUUUAAUUUCAUUUUCGUUGUUAUUAGAACGUGUUUUUUCCUUUCACAAAGAUGUUCGAGGUUUUCUAGGAGACGGUGAUUCUGAUGCUGAACUACCCAUCGAGAAAAAAGCACGGUUAUUGAACAAAAGAAAGCAAAAGACAGCGGAUCGGGGUGAUUCCGAACUGCGCCUUAAUAUUGCUGGUCAGCAGAUGUACGAACUUCCUACAGUUGAUGAAGUAGAGCAACAGCUCAAAGAAGUUCCCAAUCUCCAAAUAAUCAGAGACAGAAUUAGUGAAGUUGUUCAGGUGCUUGGCGACUUCAAAACUCGCCGUCAGCCUGGUAAAAGUAGAGAGGAUUACGUUGCUGUGCUGAAAAAGGAUCUUUGUUCUCAAUAUGGCUACAAUGAGUUUCUCAUGACGAAGUUCAUGCAGCUUUUCCCCCAGCCUUCGGAGUUGAUAGAAUUUUUGGAUGCGAAUGACCAGCAACGUCCCGUUACGAUACGAACGAACACACUCAAAACAAGGAGAGGAGACUUGGCGAAGUCCUUGAUAAAUCGAGGUAUGAAUGUCGAUCCUGCAGCUCCUUGGACAAAGGUUGGAUUAGUGGUGUAUGACUCACAAGUUCCAAUAGGAGCUACACCUGAGUACCUUGCUGGCCAUUACAUGAUACAAGGUCUGAAUUCUUUGCUACCUGUCAUGGCUCUUGCUCCACAGCCUGGUGAUCGUGUUCUUGAUAUGUGCGCCGCUCCAGGAGGAAAAACUUCUCAUAUUGCUAGCCUUAUGAAAAAUAGUGGCGUAUUGUUCGCCAACGACGCCAACAUGAGCCGCUGUCGUGCUGUUAUUGGAAAUUUACACAGAUUGGGCGUCAACAAUGCCAUUGUCAGUAAUCUCAACGGAGAAGAGUAUGCAAAGGUUUCUCCUAAUGGCUUUGAUCGUGUUCUCUUGGAUGCUCCCUGUUCUGGAACUGGUGUAAUAUGGAAAGAUCAGUCAGUGAAGACAAGUAAGGACAGUCAGGAUAUUCAACGGAAGCACACCAUACAACGGCAACUUAUUCUUGCCGCUCUUGAUGCAGUUGAUGCAAAAUCACCAAGCGGGGGAUAUGUGGUAUACUCGACCUGCUCAGUUUUGGUUGAGGAAAAUGAGGCCGUAGUGAAUUUCGCUCUACAAAAAAGGCAUUGCGAACUGGUCCCAUGCGGCUUGGAUGUUGGAGUUGAGGGAUUCACACGGUUUCGUGAGUAUCGAUUCCAUCCUUCAUUAAAUCUGACUCGGCGUUAUUAUCCUCAUGUUCACAACAUUGACGGAUUUUUCGUUGCGAAGUUGAAGAAGCUAUCGAAUGCGAAAAUGGGAAAAGCGAGCGUCGACAUUGUCAUCAAGGAGGAAUCCAAUAAAAAAAGCGAAGGCGAAAGCUCGAAGACCGAAAGACGUGCCCAUAAGGAUUCCGACGGCUCUGACAAUGGUAUGCCUCUAGUCUUCAUUUAA